AUGGCAUCAAAGACGCGCUCGCUAGGACCGACUCAGCCUGUACCCUCGUUUGUCUCUUCAAAGUCGGCACGUUCGCAAACCCUGUCAAGAUCGGAUGUAUGCGCCAAAUUCAUUACAACGACCGCGGAUGGACGCACGGAAGCAAUAACUCUAAGUAUUGGGAAACCGAUAACCAUUGGAAGGAACCCGUCUCUUUGGGUCCAGUCUAGCACUGGGGGAAUCAUUAUAUCAUGCCAGGACUUGUCGACAAAUGGGCUCAUUCUGAAUGGGCACAAAAUCCGCAAAACAUCUGUCAUUGUCAUGAAUGGCGAUACAUUCAGAAUACCAGCCUCGCAGACGUUUCAGUGCAUACUCAAGUGGAGACACCUUCAUGAAAAACACGAAAAACACGCCAACAUGUUUGAUUCUAAAGAGUUUAUGCAGGACCUCGGUCGAUUCAUAAUCACAUCUCACUGUCUCGGGAGUGGAAGUUAUGCCACCGUACAGCUUGCUCUUGAUACCACAGGUCACCAACAAGCCGCCUGCAAAAUUAUUAGGCGCAAGGAAGGCAAUGACCUCAGAAAAGAGAUGAAGGAAGCAACACUGCUCAUGAACCUGCACCACCCCAACAUUAACAGGGUAUAUGCUGUCGAUUUGGAUCCGGAAUUCUUAUACAUUAUUCUUGAACUCUGUACCGGCGGCGACCUUUUUACGUACAUAACCACGCACUCCAAGCAUCGAUUAUGCGAGGGGGAGGCAAAGUACAUCAUGUAUCAACUUCUCAAGGGCUUGAAGUACCUGCACGAUCGUAUGAUCUCGCACAGAGGUAAGCCAGAAAACAUUCUACUUUUCUCACCUGGACCUUACCCACGCAUCCAGAUCGCUGACUUCGGCCUUGCUCGUCCAAAAGCUUACCAAGAAACCUUGCAUGUUUGUGGCACCAUAUCUUAUCUCCCGCCAGAAGGUAUCCUGGCGCUCGAGCACAAACAUCUUGGCUACGUUGGCAUGCCAGCUGACUGCUGGAGUGCAGGAGUGACGCUUUUUGCGAUGUUGACGUGCGUGUUCUGCUGCAUUUGCUAUCAUAAAAAUCACACUUAG